UAAAAAUAAUCAUAAAGUCAUGAGUCCUGUCGAUCUUUCGAUAAUCGUGUUGAAAGUUGAUUACUUAAACAUUAACUUUAAAGAAUAAAGUUUUAAAUGUUUUAAUCUAGUUUUCAAAUAGCAAAUUUCUGGUUUUCGAUAAUGACUGCGUUUGGCGCCAUAACCUUAAAAUAACAGGAAUAACCGCAUUAUCGUGAAUACAAAUAUUACAAAUCAAAGCAUAUUUUGUUUAAAGUGCGCCAAAUAAAAGUAAAAACGAGAUAACUGGAAAGUGAAAAGUAUAAUUUCUAUGCAAAUAAUUCAACGUCGUUGCUCGUUAUAACUUAUAUUAACUAUAAGUGACAAACUAUAAAAUACACAAACGUAUAAUAUAAUAUUGCUGAUAACUGUUGUUUAACAUCAAGAAGAACACUUUUCAGUAAUAAGCACAUACAAUACAAAAAGAAAAAUGUUAAAAUCAAAGAUUUUAUCUAGUAUAUUAAAGAGUAAUCUUACAAAGCAACUAUCUCGCAAUAAUUAUACACAAGAAGCACCACAGCCCAUCAAAAUUGAAAAGACGAUAAAUAAAGUCACACUUUUGGGUCGAGUUGGUGCAGAUCCACAAAAACGUGGUACUGAAGAACAUCCUGUUGUUGUAUUUUCAUUGGCUACACAUCAAAAUUACAUCAACAAUAAUGAAGAAAGCACUCAAAAAACUGACUGGCACCGUAUUGUUGUAUUCAGACCUGGAUUACGUGACACUGUAUAUAAUUACCUACAAAAAGGACAACGUGUGCACAUUAGUGGGAGAUUGAUAUAUGGAGAAUUGAAAGACGAAUCUGGUACCACUCGAACGACUACAUCUAUCGCUGCUGAUGAUAUUAUAUUUUUUAACUCCAAAAAUUAAACUAAGUAAUUUACCUAAAUUUAAUUUAAGUUAUAUAUUUUGUUUAGUCUAUAGAAAACAUGUAUGUUGUGUUGCCUAUAAUUAAAAUUCCUAUAAGAAUGUAAUAA